CAGGUUUCCGCGCCCUGUCGCGUAUCCCACUUCCGGGCUCCAGCCAAUAGGAACCAGGACCACUGUGCCAGUCAGCGCCCUGCCGCUCUUUCCGGCGUUGUGCGUGCUGCCCUGGAGACUGGAUACUCGAAUUGAACUGUGGGAGACCCGGUACGAAGCUGUGAGAAUUGACGGCGUCGGCCUCGCGGGUUGUAUUUCUGGGCAUCCAUCAAUAGGAACCAAAACCACUCAGCCAGUCAGAGCCCUGCGCUUCUUCCGGCGUUCUGCGUGCUGCCCUGGAGACGGGAUAGCCGAAUCCAAACGCGGAGGGGUGCUGGUCCCGCAAGGCUGGACGCUGCUUUCGCGAACUCCGCUCCGUUCCAUUGCUUCUCACCCGGCCUUGGGCCGGUGGACUCUUCCUGAAGCGGGAGUCGGGGCGCGAGCAUCCGCGGGAGACGCUGAGCCUGCGGGCCGCUUCUGCCAACCAAGUGACUAGGAGCUAGAGAUGCUAUUAGGUUGUCACUUCACUGUGUGUGAGAAGUCGACCCAGAGAUGGAAAACUUCAUUCUAUAUGAGGAGAUUGGCAGAGGAAGCAAGACGGUUGUCUAUAAAGGGCGGCGAAAGGGAACAAUCAAUUUUGUGGCUAUUCUUUGUACUGAUAAGUGCAAAAGACCUGAAAUAACCAAUUGGGUCCGUCUCACUCAUGAAAUUAAACACAAGAAUAUUGUAACUUUUCAUGAAUGGUAUGAAACCAGCAAUCAUCUCUGGCUAGUAGUGGAACUCUGCACAGGUGGUUCCUUAGAAAUGGUUAUUGCUCAAGAUGAAAGCCUCCCAGAAGAUGUUGUGAGAGAAUUUGGAAUUGACCUGAUGACUGGAUUACAUCACCUUCAUAAACUUGGAAUUCUCUUUUGUGAUAUUUCUCCUGGGAAGAUACUAUUAGAAGGACCUGGCACACUGAAGUUUAGCAAUUUUUGCUUGGCAAAAGUGGAAGGUGAAAAUUUGGAAGACUUCUUUGCUCUGGUGGCAGCAGAAGAAGGAGGUGGUGAUGGUGGGGAAGGUGGCCUGAAGAAAAACAUGAAAAGUAGAGUUAAAGGAUGUCCUAUAUAUACAGCACCAGAAAUCCUGAGGGGCACUGACUUCUCCAUCACCAGUGAUCUCUGGUCUUUGGGCUGUCUGCUUUAUGAAAUGUUUUCAGGAAAACCUCCAUUUUUAUCAGAACAUUUUUCAGAAUUAAUGGAACAGAUUUUAUAUCAAGAUCCUUUGCCACCUAUUCCAAAAGAUUCUUCUCUUCCUAAAGCUUCUGCAGAUUUUAUUAAUUUGCUUGAUGGUUUACUUCAAAAAGAUCCUCGGAAAAGAUUGACUUGGCCAAGCCUCCUACAGCAUUCAUUUUGGAAGGAUGCUUUCACUAGAAAAGAUCAGGACUCAGCAAGCACUGAGGAUCCCAGCUUCAGCGGAAAUGGGAUGGAGUGUUCUGAGCCAUUAGAUUCCAAGGAGCUUUUGAGGAACCCUCAGAGUGGACAAACAAAAGGGCAGAAGAGUGGUCAGCUACUAAAUCGCUCUUUUAGACUAGAAAAUCCAACUGAAUUGAGGCCUAAGAGUACUCUUGGAGGUCAGCUGAAUGAGUCCAUGUUUCUUCUCAGUUCUCGUCCUACCCCAAGAACUAGCACUGCAGUGGGAUUAAGUCCUGGUGAUGAUAUGACUCAAAACUCACCACAGAAGACUUCUUCUCUGUCAAAGAUUAUAAGUGGACACCUGAGUCAGCAGGACCUGGAAUCCCAGAUGAGAGAGCUUAUCUACACAGACUCAGAUCUUGUUGUUACCCCAAUUAUCGACAAUCCAAAGAUAAUGAAACAGCCACCGAUUAAAUUUGAUCCCAAAAUAUUGCAUCUGCCAGCAUAUUCAGUGGAUAAGUUAGUAUUUCUGAAAGACCAAGAUUGGAAUGACUUUUUGCAACAAGUGUGCUCGCAGAUCGACUCCACCGAGAAGAGUACUGGAGCCUCCCGAGCCAAGCUCAAUCUCCUUUGCUAUUUGUGUGUGGUGGCCGGCCACAAGGAGGUGGCCACCAGGCUCCUCCACUCCCCGCUGUUCCAAUUGCUAAUCCAGCUUUUGCGAAUAGCUCCAAACUGGGAUAUACGGGCCAAAGUUGCUCGGGUGAUUGGUUUACUGGCCUCGCACACAACUGAGCUCCAGGAAAAUACACCUGUUAUUGAGGCAAUUACUCUCUUAACUGAAUUAAUUAGGGAAAAUUUCAGGAACAGCAAAUUAAAGCAGUGCCUUUUACCAACCCUCGGAGAGCUGAUAUAUCUUGUAGCCACUCAGGAAGACAAAAAAAAGAACCCUAGAGAAUGCUGGGCUGUUCCCUUGGCUGCAUACACGGUGCUAAUGAGGUGCCUUCGGGAAGGGGAAGAACGUGUUGUGAACCACAUGGCAGCUAAGAUUAUUGAAAAUGUCUGCACAACCUUUUCUGCUCAGGCCCAGGGCUUUAUUACAGGAGAAAUUGGGCCUGUUUUAUGGUACCUAUUCAAACAUUCCACUGUUGAUUCUCUUAGGAUAACAACAAUAUCGGCCUUGUGUAGAAUCACUCGCCAUUCUCCUACUGCCUUCCAGAAUGUUAUUGAGAAGGUGGGCUUGAACAUGGUGUUAAAUUCCCUAGCCUCUGCCAUCUGCAAAGUUCAGCAGUACAUGUUGACCUUAUUCACUGCUAUGUUGUCCUGUGGGAUUCAUCUUCAACGACUUAUCCAAGAAAAGGAUUUUGUCUCCACAAUUAUCCGAUUACUUGACAGUCCCUCAACUUCCAUUAGAGCAAAAGCCUUCCUGGUUCUUUUAUAUAUUUUAAUUCAUAAUCGUGAGAUGUUACUCCUCAGCUGCCAAGCAAGACUGGUGAUGUACAUCGAGAGAGACAGCAGAAAGACCACUCCGGGCAAGGAGCAGCAGAGCGGCAAUGAGUACCUGUCCAAGUGCCUGGACCUCCUCAUCCGUCACAUUGUGCAGGAACUGCCACGAAUCCUGGGUGACAUUCUUAAUGCCUUGGCUAACGUUUCUGGCCGUAAACACCCAUCAACGGUGCAAGUGAAGCAGCUGAAGAUCUGUCUCCCCCUGAUGCCUGUUGUGCUUCACCUGGUAACUUCUCAGGUAUUUCGACCUCAAGUUGUAACCGAGGAGUUCCUUUUCAGUUAUGGAACUAUUCUUAGUCAUAUUAAAUCAGUCAACUCAGGAGAGACUAACAUAGAUGGAGCCAUAGGACUGACUGCGUCAGAAGAAUUUAUCAAGAUCACAUUGUCGGCUUUUGAAGCAAUAAUACAGUAUCCGAUUUUAUUGAAAGAUUAUCGCUCUACGGUUGUUGAUUAUAUCCUGCCGCCCUUGGUCUCCCUGGUUCAAAGCCAAAAUGUGGAGUGGAGGCUCUUCAGCUUGCGGUUGCUCUCAGAAACCACAUCUCUACUCGUGAACCAGGAGGUUGGGGAUGACAAGAAGGAGGCGAGCCUUGAUUCUGACAGCAAUCUUCUGGCUCUCGUUAGAGAUGUCUUACUUCCUCAGUAUGAGCACAUCCUCACAGAGCCUGACCCAGUACCAGCUUAUGCCCUGAAGCUGCUGGUUGCUAUGACUGAACACAACCUGACUUUUACCAGACUUGUAGAAGAAAGCAAACUGAUCCCACUUAUUUUUGAAGUAAUUCUGGAGCAUCAGGAGAGCAUUCUGGGUAACACGAUGCAAAGUGUGAUUGCAUUACUCAGCAAUCUGGUUGCCUGCAAAGAUUCGAAUAUGAAGCUACUUUAUGAACAAGGACUCGUCAAUCAUGUCUGCAACCUGUUAACCGAAACUGCCACACUAUGCUUGGAUGUGGACAAUAAAAGCAGCAAUGAGACAGCCGCCGCGCUGCUGUUUUCCCUGCUGGAUAUUCUGCAUGGGAUGCUGACCUACACGUCCAGCAUUGCACGUCUGGCUCUGCAGGCACAGAAGUCUGGCUCGGGAGGGGACACUCAGGCUGCUGAAGACCUGCUGCUGCUCAGCAAACCUCUGACAGACCUCAUCAGCCUGCUCAUUCCGCUGCUUCUUAAUGAGGAUCCUGAAAUUUUUGAGGUUUCAUCCAAAUGUCUGUCUAUACUGGUUCAGCUAUAUGGAGGGGAAAACCCAGACAGCCUGUCUCCAGAGAAUGCAGAAAGCUUUGCCAAAUUACUUACAUCGAAGAAGGACCCCAAGGAGCAGAAGCUUCUGUUGAGGAUUCUUAGAAGAAUGAUUCCAUCAUCCCAAGCAGAGUUUCUCCUCCAGAUUCCAUCACCUCGACCAGAGUUUCUCCUACAGAUUCCAUCACCUCGACCAGAGUUCUCCUGCAGAUUCCAUCACCUCGACCAGAGUUCUCCUGCAGAUUCCAUCACCUCGACCAGAGUUUCUCCUGCAGAUUCCAUCACCUCGACCAGAGUUUCUCCUGCAGAUUCCAUCACCUCCACCAGAGCUUCUCCUCCAGAUUCCAUCACCCUGGCCAGAGGUUCUCCUUCAGAUUCCAUCACCCUGGACAGAGGUCCUCCUCCAGAUUCCAUCUUGGCAUCAGAUGGCAAGAGGGACAGCAUGUCUCGAUAUGCAACUGGUGGAAAUAGCUUUGAAGUGACAUGA